AUGAAACAAAGCAUUGAUCUUGAAGUGGAAGCUUAUCCAGAAUAUGAAUCUGAAGUUACAAGCCAAGUUGGUUCCAAUGUAUCAACUCAAGAAGCCUCUUCCAACAUCACAAACCCUAACCAUGAUGAUAUAUCUCUCGACUUAACUCUCAAUUUCAAGAACAAUGAGAUACCAACAACAACAAUAGGAUUCUCACUCUCAAGCACUUCUGAGAGCAGCAAUGAACCUCCAUCAGCAACAACUCCAAGAGUUUUCUCUUGCAAUUACUGUCAGAGAAAGUUCUUCAGCUCACAAGCUCUUGGUGGACACCAAAAUGCACACAAAAGAGAAAGAACAAUAGCCAAAAGAGCUACGAGAAUGGGAAUUUUCUCUGAUAGGUAUAAUGCUAGUUUAGCAUCUCUACCUUUGCAUGGUUCUUUUAGGUCAUUAGGGAUAAAAACACACUCUUCAAUGCACUAUGGUUUCUCAGUACCAACAGCAAUUAGGCCUCAUCAUCAUCAUCACGAGACGAAGAACAAUACGAGACUUGAGCAACAAGGGUGUGUUGGAUUUCCGAUGUUCUUGGAAGAUGAGGAGUCGGAGUUGUUGUGGCCUGGUAGUUUCCGAAAGGCGUCGGAGGCGGGUGAUGGACAAGAGAAUUUCAUACUCAAUGAGGUGAAUCCAUGUGUGGAUAUAGAAAAAUCUACACCAGAUUUGACAUUGAAACUUUGA